GCCGCCUCCUUUCUCCCGUCCUGCCAUUUCCCACCCGUCCAUCCAUCCCUGUACCUUCGUUCCUUCUCAGACGCGAACACCAUGAGCAAUAGGAUCCACCCGUCGGACGCCGGACGCGGCGGCCGAGCUCGUCGCGCGGCGCCGGCGCCGGCGGAUCGCCGCCCGGCGGUGUACACGGUCUGGAAGAGGUCAAGCAUGGGCUUCCAGGGCACCGACGGCUUCUGCGUUUACGACGACGCGGGCAGGCUGGCGUUCCGCGUCGACAACUACUCCCGGCGCCGGAAGCUCUGCGCCGGCGAGCUCCUGCUCAUGGAUGGGCAAGGCACGCCGCUCCUCUCCCUCAGGCCACAGCUUCUCAGCCUGCACGAUCGCUGGAAUUGCUACAUGGCAACGGAAGAAGAAGGCCUCGACAAGAAGCCGUCUCCCACGUCACAGCAGCAGGUCUUCACGAUGAGCAGGUGCUCAGCUCUGAAGAGCAGCGACGAAGCAGAGGUCCACAUGUCACCAGCAGGCACCACUGCAUCGUCAUCAUCUGGCCUCAGCUGCAAGCACCCGCAGGUUGCCGCCGCUCCGGCCUACCGGAUCGAGGGCUCCUUCUCCAGGAGGAACUGCAAGAUCCGUCGUGGCAGCGACGGCAGGGAGGCGGCGCGGAUAGCAAGGAAGAGCGCCAGCGUGGCGUCCAGGCCGGUGGCGACGCUCGGAGACGACGUGUUCAGCCUCGUCGUCCGUCCAGGCGUGGACGUGGCGACGAUCAUGGCUAUUGUUGUUGUAAUGGACAGGAUCUGUCACAAACCGUACACGCCCAUGGUGUGCUCGUCACAGUAGAGGUGUAGUGAUGGUGAGACCGAGAUAUCACAGACAGUGUAAACCAUAGGUUUAGCAGUAGCUGAGAGGCAGAUAUCAACGCAGCGACUCCUCACUAACCCAUUUUGCGUCUUUGCAA